GAAUUAAAAAAUAAUAAUAAUAAUAAAGAUAUUAUGUUUUACCAAAGGGUUAAAAAAGCUCACGAAGACUGGGUAAAAACCACGGAUUAUCGAUUAUUGUAAAUCACUUUAUAAAUAACCGAUCCUCCAAGAGUACAGGCUUAAAUGUCGCCUGUAUAGAGGUGUAUUUUAUUUACCUCUCUAUAUUUUUUUUACCAGAGAAAAAUCACUCAUGGGAUUGAAAAUAUAUAUAUAUAUAAAUAAAAGCUCUAUUUGGUAUAUUCAUUGUGACGCACUUCAAUCCAUGCUUUGAUAAUAAUAUCAUAUAUAAAAUUGAAAAUAAAAAAAAAGGUCAUAAGAGAUUUUUAAUAUGUGUAUAUAACCGCAAGCUCAUUUGCGUUUUAUAUUUAUCAAAGAAUAUAUAUAAAGUUUUGAGUUAUUAAAAAAAUAUAAUAAUUUCGCACUCACGCAAAGUUGAAAGUCACUCUUUAACAGAGUUUUUCAAGUCUUUAUUUGGAGAAAAUAUAAAAAAAAAUGAAUGCCAGUGGUGAAUCAGCUGGUACAAUGACAACAGUGGUAGAUUACGAUACUGGUGGUUGUCCUUCUCCAGAGAAUGAAAAUGGUUCAACAAUGGAAGCAUGGGAAGCAGCAGCUGCCUCUUUAAUCCUCGGCUUUCUAGUACUGGCAACAGUACUUGGAAAUGUUCUUGUAAUUUUAUCAGUUUUCACCUACAGACCACUAAGAAUUGUACAAAAUUUUUUUAUUGUAUCACUUGCUGUUGCUGAUUUAGCUGUUGCAAUUCUAGUUGAACCAUUUAAUGUUGCAUAUCUUGUAUUGGGUAAAUGGAUGUUUGGUAUUCAUCUUUGUAAACUUUGGUUAACAUGUGAUGUACUAUGUUGCACAGCAAGUAUAUUAAAUUUAUGUGCAAUUGCACUUGAUCGUUACUGGGCAAUAACAGAUCCAAUAAAUUAUGCUCAAAAAAGAACACUCAAGCGUGUACUUGGUACAAUUGCUGGUGUAUGGAUAUUAUCUGGUAUUAUUAGUUCACCACCUUUAGCCGGUUGGAAUGAUUGGCCAGAAGAAAUUGAUCCUGGUACACCAUGUCAAUUAACAAGAAGACGUGGUUACGUUAUAUAUUCAUCACUUGGUUCAUUUUUUAUACCAUUAUUAUUAAUGAGUCUUGUUUAUCUUGAAAUAUUUCUUGCAACACGUAGACGUUUACGUGAACGUGCACGUCAAAGUCGUCUUGGUGCUGUGACAUCAACACGUCAUAAAAAUGAUAAUGAUGAUGCUGAAGAAUCAGUUAGCAGUGAAACAAAUCAUAAUGAACGUUCAACACCACGUAUACAUGCUAAAACAAGUCUUGUUGUUAUUGAUGAUGAUGCUGCAACUGAAGUUACAGUUAGUUGUCAUGAUACAUUAAAAAAAUCAUCAAGUCAUCCACGUAGACAUGGUGUGUCUGGUGCUGGUGGUGGUAAUGGUGCAACAACAUCAACAACUGUUUAUCAAUUUAUUGAAGAACGACAAAGAAUAUCAUUAUCUAAAGAAAGACGUGCUGCACGAACACUUGGUGUUAUCAUGGGUGUAUUUGUUGUAUGCUGGUUGCCGUUCUUUCUCAUGUAUGUUAUUGUACCAUUUUGUACAGUAUGCUGUCCAUCAGAUCAAAUGGUUUAUUUUAUAACUUGGCUGGGUUACGUUAAUUCAGCUUUGAAUCCUCUUAUUUAUACAAUAUUUAAUCUCGAUUAUAGACGUGCAUUCAGACGGCUGUUACACAUUCACUGAUUCAAUUAAAUAUUCAUUUGUAUAGCCAGGCUGAACUUUAUUUAAAACUGAUUGUUCAAUGGAUUUCUAGGCGAAAUCAAGUUGAACGACUCUUUUUUUUUUUUAUAACUCAAUAUCUAUAAUUUAAUCUUACUUUUCAUAUAUACACACUGCAAGAUUAUUGAUGGUCUUGAAUUUUUCACAAAAUUACAUGUUAUAUAUUCAAGAUAUUAUCGAAAAAUUUUAUCAUUUUAAAAUUUCAAAUUUCACACCCACACACAAAAAUCAUAUUAUCAUUAUUAUUAGAAAAUUUAUUACUUCUACUUUUUUUUAUUUUCGAUUUAUCGCUGCAUAAAAAGUCAAAAUAAUAUUUAGAAAAAAUAAAAAAACAAAAUUCUCAUAGGUGUUUCUUCAUCACUUGCUGAUCAAUAAAUAUUUUUUUAUUAUUAUUUUUUCAAUAUACUUUCAAUAUUGUUAUUUAUGUUUUUUUUUCUUUUUAUAAAUAAAAAAAAAAAAGUAAAUAUUGAUCAGUGAGUGUUGGCUGCGGGCAACACCGUUGGUAAAUUCGCUCGAAUUAUAAUUGAUCGCUGGGCCGGAACUUUAGCUUGAGUUUAUAUCGAUGAGUUUCGGGUAUGCUGUUGUUUCGAAACAAUUAUAUAUAUAUAUAUAUAUAUAAUAUAUAUAUAAAGUACAAAAUUUUAGUAGAAUACAACAAUUGGCAAAUCUAUAAAACACAAUUCAAAAGAGAUCCCUCGAGAUUUAUAUAUAUAGUUAUUAUAAAUAAAAUGUAUAGUAGUCGAAACUUAAUGUGCAGAAAAGAACCAAGUCCAUUGUUAUAUUAUCUUUGUUUUAAUAUAUAAUUAUAAAUAAAUAUUAAGUAAUGAAAAUUAAUGUGAAACUUUCAAGCGCGAAAGAAUGAAGCGCGUUUCGACUAGACGAAGUAUAAAUUAAUGAAUAUUUCAGUCAGAAGUAUUAUUUUAAAAAAUAUCUAUGCAUAUAUACGUGUUAUAAAAAAAACAGGAACAAAUUAGAAUAAUAAAUAUUAUUAUUACUAUUAUUAUUAUAAAUAAAGAAUAACAAUAUGAAGAAUUUUUUUUUCUACAAAAAGAAAAGAAACUAGAAAAAUUGACCAACAUUUGAAAUUAGUUGUAUUAUUAUUUAUUAUAGAUGAUUAUAUUGUUGAGAAUACAUAUUAAAUUCAUAAAUUAAUAUGCAGUUUAUGUCCGUGUGUGUGGAUGUGUUUAUGAGUAGUUUGUUUUUUUUUUUUUUAAAUUAAAACACAGUACUUUGGCUGGAGGGUAUUUUUAUUCUUUGAACUGUUUUAUAUAUGCUUUUUUUUAUUUUUAUUUUUAUUUCAUGUGCAAUACUAUACUGCACAGAAUUUUUUUUCACAAUACGAUCGAGAAAAAAAUGCGGAAAUUGCGCGGAAAUUGAACGACUUGAAAGUGGUGUGUGCAAUGGUUGUUGAGAAAAAAGGAUAAAGGGACUGAAGGGGACGAGUAAUGAUAAAAAAACAAUAGUAAAGAAGAAAAAAUAUAUUAUUUAUAGAAAAUGAAAAAUAGAUUUCACGCACUAUAUAAUAAAAAAAUAAUAAACAAAAAAAUCAUAAUGGAAUUUUAAAAAAUCUAUCUGAAUAAUUUGUUUUGUUUUUUAAUUUUUUUUAAAUCAUUUUAUUUAAAUUUUUUGUAUUUUAUAAAUCAAAAAAUUAACUAGUUUGGCACUCGUACACACACACCCUCACUGAUAUUAUAUACAAAUUUUCAUGAAAAAUUAUCAAAAAAAAUAAAAAGAGUUGUCCAGCUGAUGUUUGAGGCAAAUAUUUCCCGGCGUAGACUAAGUGCGUAAUUCACAUGGUCUACACAAGAUCAUAUUUGCCGCAAACUAACGACAAAUAGUUGCUCAAUAAUGGGUUUAACCGAAAAAGGUCUUUCUUAAAGUAUCAAGCAUGGACAGAAGCGAUGCAACAGAAGAGAUUUGAACUCGAUAUCAAUAUGAAACAAAAACACAGGGCUUUUGUCAGCUUUACCAUCAGCUAACUUGAUGAACCCAAAAAAUUAAUAAACUUUAUUAUUGACUUGAAAAAAAAUUCAACUCAAAAUUAAAUUAUUCAUUAUUUCACUGCAUUUACUCUUGCAUAAUUGAAAAUGAUGGAUAAAAAAAAAUACAUAUAAAUAUUAGAAAAAAUAAAUUAAAAAAAUAAAAUUAAACUAAUUGAUAUUAAUGCUGUAGAAAUUUCAUUAUCUUUAUUAUCAAUUGCAAGUAUUAAGGUUGUGAAUAUGCUAAUGCCAUAAAUAACAUUUAAAAAAAUAAAUUAAAUAAAUUAAUAUUAAAUAUUCUAAAGAAAAUUAAAAAAAAAAAAAAUGAUAAUUUAAUUAACAAUAAUAUGUUGUAAUUGAGAAAAUAAAAAAAAAAAAGAUUUAAUUAAAAAUUCCGUGUAACAUAUCGCGUUUCUUGUAAUAUGAUUAAAAAAAAAAAAAAAAAUUAUAAAUAUUCCAAGUGAAAAUUAAAAAUCAUUAUUUAAUUAUUUAAUUAACAACACUAAUUUUUUGUCAAUAAAAUUGGCAAAAUAAUUAGAAAAUAAAUAAAAUCAAUUUAAAAAAUUUACACUUACAGUUAUUUAAUUUUUUUUCUUUUUAUAUAUACUUAAUUUUAUUAUUAUGGUUGUGAUAAGGUUGUGAAAUUUAUUGUUUCCAUUAUUUUGAGUGAUAAAAUUCUCUUCUAUAAUAAUAUUAUUUAAAUGUAAAAUAAUAAUAAUAAUAAUAGUAAUAACAAAGUUUGAAUGGAAAAUUUAAUCAUGAUAGUGUCCAAAUGACAAACUUUACCACAACUUCUCUGGCAUUAGAUAAGAAAAUUCAACAAUGUCAAAGAAAUAUAUAUAGUUUUUUUCUAUUUUUUAUUUUUUAUUUUAAGUGAUCGAUUGAGUAUUGCGGUUCAAAACGAACUUGUGGUAUUCAAUCCUGCACUAGCUUAUUUUAAACUUUUAUAUUCAAGACAAGAGGAUUUACAUGCAAUUGUUUUACGUGGAUUGAAUUUUCAUAUGUACGUGUUACAAUACACAUGUACACACAUAAAACUACACACAUAACAAACUGGACAAACCAAAUUAAUUAAUUAAAAUCACCAGCAAACAAGUACAACCAUUUUUUUCUCAAUUCAACUACAUUGCCAGUCAGCCAGUAUAAAUACAACAACCGUAGUAAAAAAAAAAAAAUAAAAAUAAUUAUAAAUAGAUUACCAGGUAUUUUACAAGACUUUUUAAAAUUUUUUUUUCUUUUUUUUAUCUUUAUUUAAGACAAGGGAUUUGUUUGAUUAUUAUUAUUUUUUUUAUUCAUGUUUAAAUGGAGUUUAAGAAUUACUAAUUAGUAAAAUUUACUUGAUUAAAAAAUGGGACAAAUAAUUUAAUUUUCAAGAUAAUAAUUUAAUUAUAAAAUACUUGAAGUUAUAUAAUAUUGUUGGAAUAAAAAUGAGCAAAGAUUUAUGUGAAAAUGAUAAAUUUUUUUGCGACUAUCGAUUGGUUAUAAGCUGAUUUCUCCUUGAGUCUGAAGCUUCAGUAGAUAUUUUCUAUUGAAUACAGUGAAAAAUCCGUUGCAACCACGACAAAAGCAGUUGAAUUACAAAGUGAGCAAAGAAAAGACUAUCUCUAUAAAGAAAAGCAAAAAAAAAAUAAGCAAAAAUAUGCAUUAAAAAAAAUAUAUAUACUCCAAUAAAAUGGAAAAAAUUGUAGCGUGCAAAUGAUAUGAAAAUAUCAAAGCUCAUAUCUCAAUAAUUUAUUUCUAAAUAAAAUUCAAGAGUCACCUUCAUUUCCCAUCAACAUAACUCAUUAUUCUUCAUGCAUUAUAAUUAAAGUAUUAUUUUUCAAAUUCAAACCAUGCUAAAAUUUAAAUAAUAUAUAUAUUUUUAUUUAAUUUUUUGUAGAGCUUGCAUUUUUACUUUUUUUUUUGAUAUAGAUACACAAAAAAAUUUCAGUCAAGAUAUAAAAACGUGAGCAUGAAUAUAUAAUUUAUACGUAAAAAAAAAAGGAAAAAAUUCAAAUAGAAAAAAAUAAAUAAAUAUAAAUAAAUAUAUAACAUGAAUUUAUAUUUCUUCGGACCAUUUUUAUGUCAAAGAAAAUGACUGAUGAUAUUGAAAUGCAAGUUGUGUUUGUGUUUUUUUUUCUUUCGUUUUGACUCACAUGUUUCUAAGUGAUCAAUAAUGUUUUGUUAUAAAUUAUAACAUAUAUAUGUAUAGAAAAAAAAAUACUAGACUCGUGGAGAAACGUGGUCAACCCCUCCGGCGAUUAAUUUAAUAGAUAAACACACAUUUGUUAUUCAUAUUGAGUAUUGAAAAUAAAAAAUACAAAAAAGUAUACAUGUAAAUUUAUUAUUAGUGUCCAUGUGAGUCAGCAAAAUAAAAAUUUUUGCAAUAUAUAAGAAAAUAUAUAUUUCAAAUAUUAUGUAUACUAUUAACAUCAAUCAGUUAACAUAAAAAUAAAAAAAAAGUAAUAUUAUAAUAAUAAUAAAAAAAAAUAAUACUACAGUCGACACGGUUGAUCCCUCUUUGGAACAAAAAGAAAAGUAAAGUUAAAAAAAGUAUAAUAUAAUAAAAUAUAGUACGUGGUGUAAAAAAUUCAAAAGCAAGUAGAAAAAAAAAAAAAAAUAAAAAAGUAUGAUAGAGUAUGAUGUAAUGACUGGUAAAAUCAUACGCCCAAGGAUGAAAAAAAAUAUAAAAAAUAAAAAAAAAAAUUUCAAAAGAAGAUAAAAAAAAUAAAAGUAAAAGCAAGUUUUAUUCAAAAAAAUUAUUUUGAAAUUUUGUUAUAAUGGGUGUGAAUAAUAUUUAUCAUCUGAUUAAUUUCAACUAAUGAACUCUGAACAACAAAUUCAAUGGCUUAUAUAUUUAAACUUGAAAAUAAAAAAUAUAAACUUUUUAUCAAAGAGUUUUUCAUUGAGCCAGUUUAUAGGUAUAAAUCUAUAGAGUAUAUAUAUAUGCAGUAGGGUGGGUGGGGGUGUAGUUGUAGAGGGUGGAGAUUCACUCUCGAGAUACCGAACCGGAAAGUAAUUAAGCCAUAUUGAAAUAAAUGCCGAGAGGCAUCAGCCGACAAAAUAAAACCGAUCAAAUAAUAUUAUAAUAAAUUAAUAAUAAUAUCGUUAUAUUAUUAUUAUUAUUUAAUUUAU